AUGGCUUCCACCGCUAUGGAUUACGAGGCCGCCAACGGCGACCGCUACGAUGACGAGGCUCCUCGUUACGAGCGCGACAACCGCAGCGCCUCCCCUCGCCCUGCGCGUGAUGACGGAGACUCUGGACGUCGUCGCUCUGCUUCGCCCUCUGGCAACGGUGACCGCGACCGCGAUCGUGGCGCCAAGGAUGAGACUGGCUCCCGAGGUGGCGACCGUGAUGAUGACGGCGCCAUCAAUCCUGGCUCCAACCUCUUCGUCACUGGCAUUCACCCCCGUUUGACCGAGCAGGAGGUCACUCGCAUGUUCGAGAAGUACGGUGAUGUCGAGAAGUGCCAGAUCAUGCGCGACCCCCACACCAAGGAGUCUCGUGGAUUUGGCUUCGUCAAGAUGGUCACUUCUGACCAGGCCGACGCUGCUAAGGAGGGUCUGCAGGGAGAGCAGAUUGAGGGACGCACCCUGAGCAUCGAGAAGGCUCGUCGUGCUCGCCCUCGCACUCCCACCCCUGGCAAAUACUUUGGCCCCCCCAAGCGUGAGGGCGGUGGUGGCGGAGGUGGCCGUGGAGGCCGAUUCAACGACCGUUACGACGACCGUCGUCGCGGAGGUUACGGCGACCGCGGCGGUGGCGGUGGCUACGACCGUGGCUACCGUGAGGAUCGUGGCUACGACCGCAGCUACCGUGAGGAUCGGGGCGGCGCUGGUGGCUCCGGCGGCUACGAGAGACGCGAGCGUGGUGGUGACGACUCUUACAGCAGCAGCGGCCGUGUCGACCGCUACGGCGGCGGCGGUGGCGGACGUGAGGACCGUGGCGACCGCUAUGCUCGCGGUGGCGAUGACCGCCGCGGCGGUGGUGCUGCUGGCUACGAGAGACGCGAGCGCGGUGGUGAUGAUACCUACAGCAGCAGCCGUGACCGUCCUCCUCGCGAUGCUCCCGCCGGAGGUGCGGCUUACGCCGACGCCCCUGCCCGCUCCGAGGGCCGUGAGGCCUAUGGAGGUUGGAAAUCCCAACCCCAGUGA